AACAGCUGCCACUCGCUGACGAAUCUGCUUGUUUCCCCCACCACGAGUGAACUACUUCGCCCGCUCAUUUUUGGGUGGGCAGACCAGACGUUCCGACUGGAUCAAUGGAUUUUGUUGCAAUGCGAAAUCACAUCAAACGUAACGUAACCAUCAGCUAAUGGAUUUUAAUAUUUCAUCAACAAUGGACAGUGGUCGCGAAAAUCAAUUCGUAUCCAAGAAUGCUGCCCAGACAUGCUACACGAAGUCAGUGAAAUUAGCAGUGGCCAUCGCCCUCAUUAAAGGCAGGCCACCGGGCAAGACAGGCCGGCAGCAUGCAGAGGACCUGGCUGCCAGGCUCGGCCGCUCGGAGCUGUCCUGGAAGACCAAAGCAGAGAGCCUACGGGCCGAGGUGCUGCGACUUCGCCAGGAACUGCUACUCUCCAAGAUGCUGCCGAAACACAGCAGAAACGGAAAUGGCUUCAUGGAAUCAUCUUCCAAGGACCCCAACUCUUCCUCUGCACUCCUGUUGGAGACAGAGCAGACAGACAACUUGGAUCUGGAUUCCGGCUGUGGGACAGAAAACAACACGGAGUCUCUCCUGUGUGGUGCAGACACAGACAAGCAGCUAGAGGAUGAAGCAGGACCCUCCACAUCGUGUCUCGCCGCCGCUGCUGCUGCCACCACCACCACCGCCCACCCCCGGCAGCCCCGCUUCCCCUCGCCAAGCAGCAGUGACCAGCAGGACCGAGAGCUGCUCGCCCACGCGCGCUUCCUCCAGAACCUCUGCGGCCUGCGCAAGCUGCCAGACGCCCUCGGGAUGCUCUGCAUAGACGGGCACAGCUCCGAGUCUGGCUCCGGCUCCGGCUCCGGCUCGGUGGUGUGGGAAUCGGUGUGCCAGCUGUUGGGCUCCCUGGUGGCAGCUUCCCAGGCCGGGGACGGGGGAGGGGACGGUGGGGGCGUUGGCGCCGGUGCUGUCGACCCAUGCCACCCUCCUCCUCCUUCUCCCCCUCCCCAGCAGCCUCUGCUCCUCCUCCAGGCUGCGCAGGUGGUGGCCCAGGCUGUGGAGAAGUGGCAGGCCCACAGCAGGCUCCCCAAGGGCUUCCUGGCCCAGGCGGAGGAGUGCAUGGAGAAGAUGACCAGCCAUCUGUUGAGGAACGCUCAUCUGAACAGGUUCUCUUUGCAGGAGUGCCUGUCCGACUGCCUGAUUAGACUGGGGGCCAGCACCACCCUCAGGGCCCCCCUCCUGCGUCUCCUCCUCUCCCACAUCAACCACCUAGCUGAUCACCUGUGGCACACCUGCCAGGAGGACGUGUCCUGUAAAAGAGCAGCAGCAGCAGCAGCAGCAGCAGUAGGCCCUCCAGAGGUGGAGCGCUACGAGAACUCCUUCUACCUCUUCUGGGUCCUGGAGCAGCUGCUGAGAGCCAAUGGGAGUGCUGCGGCCGCAGAGGUGGGAGAGGGCACGCGGGACCUCCUGGAGAGGCAGGUGGCACGCCUGGCAGACGAGUACCCCCUCUUCAGCCUGUACCUGUGGAGGAUCGGAGGCCUGCUGAAGACCAGUGCCAACGCUUCCACCUCCACUGCCACCACGACACCAGCUCCUGUGCACUGACACCAGGCGCCACUGUGAUGAGCGAUAAGCUUAUGAAUAACUCAGACUACGAGGAGACUGCUUCAUCAGUCUAGUGCGGGACCAGAGGGAGAGGUUUGGUUGAUUUGUCAUGCUUAGCAUUAGCGAGAGGGAGAACUGCGUUGGUGUGCCAGGUGGCGGAUUUCGAUGUGGAUUUUUCAUGAGACUUGAUGAGAUUUGAAAGCUGGGGUUUGCUAAGUUAUUAAAACUAAUUCCAGGAUUCAUCACUCAGACUUGUUGUACUAUUCCCCUUUGAUGAGGUCUGUCAUAAAGCCUGUUUGAGAAAUUAGUUUGAGCAAGUCAUUGGAAGAAAAGAAAAAAUCAAACGCAAUGUCUCGGCAUGUGAGCAUCCAUAUGUGUUUUAUAUAGAAAUCCGUUUUGAAUAAACUGGACCUUUUUACA